GGAUAUAAGAGAAAUGGAGCCAUCUGUGACUUUAAACAAAACUAUACGAAUAAAUAUUGGAGGAACUACUUUUAAGAGCUAUGUGAAAACACUAACAACAUUUCCAGACUCGAAAUUAGCUAACUUGGAGAAAGAAAAAGAUUCAUUUGAUUUUGAUCAAAAUGAAUACUUUUUCGACCGAAAUCCAAUAUUGUUUACAUACAUUCUUGAUUCUUUUCGUAAGGGAGCUGUUCAUCUGCCGAAGGAUAUCUGCGGAACUACUUUCAAAAAGGAGUUAGAAUUCUGGGAGAUUCCUCAACACUAUGUCGCUCCAUGUUGCUGGGAGGCUUUGUAUGGAAGUGAGGAUGAUAUUGAAACAGUAAAUUUGCUGAUCAAAAGUUUUCAGCAGAAUUCUAACUUGGCUCUAAUGUCACAAGAAAAGAUGGAUGUCAGAACCAGGCUAUGGCUUUUCUUGGACGAACCAAAAUCAUCCAGAUAUGCUUUGGUAUGGAGCGUCUUUAUAUCGUUUGUCAUACUGGCGGCGACACUGGUAGAUUCAUUGUCCACGGUUGACUCAUUUCAAGAAAACUUUACAGAACCUCAAAUAAAACUUCUAUCAAAGUUUGCAGACGCUUUGGACUUCGAUAAUGCAACAUUGGAAAAACUUGCAACCAUAAAGCCGCGUACUUACCUGUUGUAUGCAAAUGCCAUAUUCCAUGUUAUUUUGACACUAGAACUUGCACUGAGUUUUAUCGUCUGUUCAAACAAAAGGUCUUUCGUCUGCUUCACGCGCCUCAUAGCAUGCUUUGGUUACAUGUCCUACUGGAUUUCUUUCACCGUGUACUUCAACUUGAAAUAUUUGGAAUCCAUACAUGCAUUAAUGGUGCAGCUGGUAUUUGGAUACUUGUCCAUAUUCAAAAUUGCUCGCUUGUUUUAUCUUACAAGAGGAGUUCCCGCGUUUAGACUCAUAUGUCUUACAUUUAGCUCUUCUAAACAAGAACUGAAAAUAUUAAUUUUCUUACUUGGAAUAUUUGUUUGUGUCUUCGGCUAUGUUUUGUUUGCAGCUGAACUUUUACAAAAUUCAAACAUUACAAACAUAUUUACUGCGAUUUAUUGGGCGUUAAUUACUCUAACAACAGUGGGGUACGGUAACUAUGUACCAAGUACAGUUGCAGGUCACGUGAUUGCUGGAGCAUGCGCAGUGUGUGGCGUGCUUGUGCUCGCAUUACCGGUCGGAAUUAUUGUAUCAAAAUUUUACAAGUACUAUGACUACCAUAGGUACACUGUAAUACAUGCACAAACUAGAGAAGGACCUUGUCUACGAAUGAGAAAAAAUACUCCAUCUGAAUCAAACAGUUUGAUUGAAGAAAUAGAACUUGUUCCGACGGAAUGAAACUAUAACUCGUUAUUUCAAUGUUUUUAGAAUUUAAACAUUUCCGGAUAUUAUUCUUUUUCAAUGAAGAGUUUUGUUCCAGCUGUGUUGAUAUAUCGAUGUUUUGAAUUAUUUAUUAUUCAGUCUCUAGCUUUUAUCUAAUAAUCUGUGCAGUGAACAUGUUUUGUAUGAAAUACAGACAUGGGUGCUUUGUAAUUUGUGAACUUAAACCUUUGCUAUUUAUCUUACACAAUGUUGUAAUAUGAAUCGUAUGCUGGUCUUUGCCAUUGCAGUGAAUAAUUAUUUUCUAAUUUUGAAUGCAAUAAAUUAAGAACAGACAAUAAAUUUUAAGGUUGAUUUAACCUAACUGAAUAUCAAUAACUGUUAAAGAAUCAACAUAAUAUCGAAAUAGUUAUCUGCAAAUGUAAUAUGCAGUCGUAAAAUAUAUGACUUCUUUAGAUUUCUUAUAUUUUGUC